AUUCAAUAAUCUCAAUACAAACAACGCAGUUCAGCGUAACAAGGAAGUUAAAGGAUGAUAUUAGUCAUCACGACUUGACAGCUUAUGUUUGGAUUAACAAAGGACUUCACAAUGCCUUCCGUUGUACUUGCCUUGGCACUGUCCAUCAGUCUAUUAGUAGAAUGCACAGAUAUACACGGGAAUGCAAUAAUGGACACGACAUUCAAGAAAGAGCGGGGAAAAUUUCACUUGACUACCAGAGGUUACAACAAGGGUUUGUCGGUACCUGCCAGAAGUAUUAACAUAACAAACAACUUGAACAUAACACCAAGAAAUAACGUUUUCAGACAGAAAAUCAAGACAUUGAAAGAAACUGCAUGUAAAGUUGAAUUAGAAAGCGGGUGCAUCAAGAAAUUCAGACACAUAGUCUAUUAUUCCGAAGCAAAUUUCGUUUAUUUGAAGCUUGUACCAAAUGCAGGUGUAAAUAUCACAGGGAGCAAGCUUAUUGUUGGCGAAAACCUCUGGGUAUGGACAUUUUACGGAAAGGAAGGUGGUCUCGAGAUUUUGAACUGGCCUAUAGAGUUUGGGAUCUGGUCGAUGGGAUUGCUGUCUAGUUACGUCAUGAAAGAACCAAUGACGAUGGAACUGUCACAUGUAUCUGGGAACUGUUCAAACUUAAAAGUCGGAGAAAGGAGUAGUGACGAAGCUAUCAGCAAUGCAUUAGUAAAUCUAACCACAAUAAUGCUGCCGUUUGGAGAAAAAUACGGACCAAGUUUCUACUGUUAUAAAUCUAGAGUUUACAUUGAUCCACAUUUCGUUUACAUGUUGUGUAAGCAUAUUGUUUGUCCCAUUGAAGCCAUCAAGUACAACUGUUGUUCUUACUUUUAUAACACAACAUUGCAGGACAGAGAGGUUAGCUGUAGAGAGCAGGAAUUUAAAUAUGACCCAGUGAACUGGAUUCUACCCACUGUAGUGUCUAUAUUGUUGUUUGGGUUUUGUCCUAUCUUUAUUCUAUACGUCGGUCACUUGGUAGCAGACGAAGGCAGAGGUCAUCUAAAGGGAACCUUGCAUAACGUUAUAGAAAACACCAGGGACGAAAGUAUUAGUACUACGGAACGACUAGUUUUAUUGGACGAACACCAUCACGUGACCCUUUCCAAAACGCUUUGUUUGCCAAUGAAAAAUUGUUCCUUUAAUGCAUAUUCAAAGGCUUCAGUGCCUUGUCAGAUUAUUUUCAGCAGGGUUUGGCGAAUAAUUUUACCAUUUCUCAGUUUGGUUAUCAUAGGUUUGCAAGUGUGUCUGGAUUACUGGUAUCUGUAUUCAUUUGUCGAAACAAGUAUUAAGAAAGGGGUUCCUUUGGGUUUCCGGUCUGUGUUAGCAGGGUAUAAAGAGAGUAAACUAAACUUUUUACCAUAUCUAGGUGGUCCCUUUGUUGCUGUUGGCAUAUAUAUUUUCAUAACGAGUGCAUUGCUGGUGAUCCCAGCCUCUGUGUCGGAAUUACUUUUGAAAGGUCUCCAAAUCAACAAUGUAGAUGAAACGUAUUCCCCUUUGUGCAUGAGACUUAGAUCAAUCGAAAUGUUUGGUUCAAUAAGUAUCAGGAGAAGACAUGGAUACUUCAAAAUGUACAGUGUGUUUAUGGCGCAGUUCUUUAUGCUUCUCAAUAGUAAAUUCUGGAUGCACGUAGUUAACGUGCAAUAUGACCGUUGGAAGAAAUACUCUUGCUCGAAACUAUGCCUUCUGUUUAUACCGGUUUACAUCAUUGUUUGCAUCAUUGAAAUAGCAUUUUGCGUUAUAAUAUAUGGUUAUCCCGUCAUUUCCUUUGCUCUAAUGAUCAUUAAAGCAUACUGCGGAAAACUUUGGAAUCCAAAUGCCAAUCGGAAAUUUCCACUGAGAAUUUUUAUUUUUGUAUUUACGGUUGUUCUGAUAGUGUCUGUUAUGUAUUUUCUUUUUAUGUUUGGCACAAUUUUCAUGGAUGCCUGUCUGUUUUUAACCAGGGUAGUCGUUUUCACAUUCACUGGGAUAGUUAUCUACCCUAAAGUGUCCUACGGAUAUCUUAUUUUCACUUUCACCGUUUUCUAUUACAUCUGGGAAAGUAUUCAGGAGUAUUCUAACGUUUACCAACGUCUGCUCAAGGAUACAAUCGCUACAUGUGAGAGUUUACAGAGAGCCAAUGACUCGGAAAAACUUGUUAUGAGAAGCGGGGAUUACAAGGCGAUAAAAGAAUCGCUGUUUGAACACGUCAUUGAAAACCAUUUUCCUAGGCGGAAGCAAGUGUUCCUGUCAGUUCUAAAAGUCGGCGUGAUUCUAACUAUUUUGGGACUGUCUAUAAAUGUUCUGUCGGAAACCGAUGGAUUCCGUGAACUCCAUGUCAUAAUGCAUGUUGGUACAGCUCUGUUUGUUUGUGCUUUGCCGCAAAUUCUGAAAUCUAUGUGUCGAGAUCAUGGUGCGAAGUUUAAGCAGAAACGAUUUCGGAGAGAACUUGCGGACACUAUUACAAGCUACACAGGUUAUCGUUCUGUUGAUUCCUCUGACAGCGAUCUAGAUUGAUAAAUAUGAUUUGUGUCGCUGAAUAUUAUAUGUCUUAUUAGUUAUUGGACGAUUGCUUAGUAUUCCAGCAAAAGAAAACCUGUUGUGAGCAAUAGAUUAUCAUCAGGAGUUCACCGGUGUUGAUAUUUUAGAGAAACUGUAUAUAUGGGGUGACUCAUAAAUAACUUGUAAUAUGUUACAUUAUUGAAGACGGACUUUGAAACUUUGAUCCUUGAUUGACUACAAAAGGGUAAAAUUUUGACGGUUUAUUUAGUUUGUAAUAUGUGAUACUUUUUGACAAAUUUCAAAUCUUGGCAACUUGACAAUUUUGAUUUUUGUGCGCGGUUUAUAUGACAGUUUAAUAAUAAUUUUCUUAUAUGAAAAAAAAAAUUAAAUUAUUUUUAUAUUGUCGACAUGGCAAUGUUGAUUUUGGAGUUCAAGAGCAUAUCGGACAGUUUUCUAUAUGUAUGUAGGUAAACAUUUUCCUACGGACAGCAUUUCUUUAAACUUUAUGUACUGACUGAGAGUCCAGUUUAAAACGGAAAUAUGUAUAAAAGUUAUAGGUAUCCGGGCUUGAUCUUGAAUUACCUGCCCUUGAAAAUAUUAUUUUUUAAUAUUUCCGACUUUCAAGGGCAGAUAAUUAAUGACCAUGGCUGGGUACCUAUGAUUUGUUCUAUUUCAUAUUUCUGUUUUUGAUUUGAUUCUCUGUCAGUAAACACAGUUAAAAGAAGAAAUUCUGUCCGUAAGACAAUUUUGCCCCAUGCCAAUAUAGACAUUGUGACAAAUGUCCUUAACUAAGAACAUGACAAAAUGAUACCUCAAAGAUCUGGUCUUUUCCAUGGACCGAAUUUCUUUUAACUUUGUAUACUGACUGCAGUUUCCUUGCAAUGAUAUUGAAUUAUUUGCCAUUGAAAAUUGAUUUUUUAGUAUUUUCUCAUUUCCAAGGGUAGAUAAUUCAAGACUAAGCCCGAGUACCUUUGAUUUUUGUGCCCACAUGAGUGGUGGGGGAAUAUAGAUUUGGUCUUGUCCGUGCGUCCGUCCCUCCGCCCGAAGUUCGUGACGCGGCUAGAUCAAAUGAAAACGAUGGGCGCACCUGGAGCGCAAAUGUGUCCAUUUUUUAGCACAUGUGUCUAUUUAGCUGAGAGUUGUGCCAUUUAUUCAAACACUUCUGUACAGUCCGGCGGGGGAAGGAGAUUUUUGACAGUUUUUGACAAUAUCGCCACAAUUAUAGUGUUUAUCGGGAACAAGUAACUGUUAAAACACUUUUUAUGUAAAGGGCUACCUCUUAAAACAAAGCGUGUGUAUUUUCAUAGAAUUAUUCAGGGUUGUUUCUGAAAAAUCGGCCGAAACCCUAAUGCAACGCCGUUUCGAGUGGGUCGCUAUGCAACGCAAUCAAGUGGAUACCGUUCUGUGUCUUGCUUGCGAGGUCUUAUCCGUCUUAAAAAAGUCUUUAAAGCCUGACAAUGUAUAAAUUUAGAGAGUUUUAUACCAUUAUAAUGAUCCCGUCAUUUCUAAUAUAUUGUACUUUUACACUUUUAUGCUCACUUAACAUUUAACAUAUUUUUGCGGACAUUGUCAAAAAAACAUCAACACAAAGACAUAAAGCAAGGAUGAACAUCGAUCAAUAAUUAUCAUUAAGUAAAUAAUAGUAUUAAGUUGUAAAAACAAGAACCAGUUAACGGAUAUUUAUCUCCUCCACAAAUGGUACUGAACAGCAUACCAAAAGCGGGUUGACUCUUUAAAUCAGUAUAGUAGUUACAGUUUUUAGUCCCUUAAAAACAAUGCAUUGCGAUUUCAUUACUGAUUUGUUGUGCAUUUAAGCUUUUCAUACAAAAUAAAUAAAAUUUGGUCUAUGAUAAAAUUAUUGAUCAAUUUGUUUGUAUAUAAUGUCAUUCAUAUUCCUGGUGAAGCGUUCAUUUAUUUUCAGAGAGAUAAAUCACAGAGAAUGUUAAAAUUGACCAGGGAAAAGACAUGACAUAGAGGAUAUUUGUUUGUUUCAGUGUAAGAUCGAAAUAUAUUCCACCGAGUGAACACUAUAAUGCAAUAUUUUCACGAGUGGCGCAUGGUGUUCACGAGUGAAAUAUAUUUCGAUCUUACACUGAAACAAACAAAUAUCCUCAUAAUAUUUCGAUCUUACACUGAAACGAACACAUUUUCUAUUUAUUGUAUGCAUUUUUAAUGUUUUUAACCAAAUCUUAUUCAGUUUGUCUGCGCAACGUCAAGUGCAUCGCAACAUAACAUCAUAAUGUCGUGACGUCAGGAUGCUUUGUAGAAAAAGGUAUAAAUAUUUCUACUACGUUUCCUGAUUUCUUUUACAUUUUAUUAUGAUAAAAUGUAAAUAUAUAUGAUAUUUUGUUAUUUUUAUAUAUGUUUACCUUUGCUGAAGAAUAUUUUGCAAAAAAAAUCCUGUCAUUUAUAAGGAGUAAAUUUUCUCAUAUACAUCGGCAAUAUAUAAGAAAAUACUAUUGGUAAAAUCCGAGUAAUUUUAAGCUUUUGCAAUUAUUAAAAAGUGAAAACGCAACAGAAAUCCGAAAUCUUUCGAUAUACUUCUAUAAAGCUUUUCAUUUUAGAAAUAGGUAGUCUAAUGAAUAUUGUUAGAAACAACAAAGAUACUUACAUCUAGAAAUUUUUAUUAAAGACCCUUAAUUGUUUUAACUGUUGUUGUCAAAAUGUAAUAUCUUCUGUUUUUAACCAGGUUUUCAACGAAAACCUGAGUUAUUAAACUGGGGUAUGUCGUUGGUCGGGCGGGCGGGCGGGCGGGCGGACGGCGGCGUCAAACUGGUGUUUCCGGUCAAUAACUUUUGUUUUGGUAAAGAUAUUUGAAUAAAACUUGGUAUGUAUGUAGCUUAUAUCAAGACAAAGGCUGGGAUUGAUUUUGGGGUUUCUGGGAUCAAGGUCAAGGUCACUGUUACUUAAAAUAGAAGAAGGGUUUCCGGUCAAUAACUUAACUUAGGAAUGAGCUAUCAUGAUGAAACUUGGUGUAUAGAAAACUUAUAUAAAGUUGUAGCUUGGGAUUGAUUUUGGGGUUUCUGGGAUCAAGGUCAAGGUUAUUGUUACUAAAAAUAGGGUUAGGGUUAGGGUUAGAGUUGUGCUUUAAAGUGGUGCACUGUGAUUCAAUAUACUUUUUUAUACGCCCGAAGGGACGUAUUAUGUUAUGACGCUGGUGUCCGUCUAUCCGUCCGUCUGUCCGUCUGUUCGUUAGCAAUUUCGUGUCCGCUCUGUAACUCUGUAACUCCUUGAAGGAUUUCAAGGAAACUUUACACAAAUGUUCACCACACCGAGACGAUGUGCAGAGCGCAUGUUUUGGAUGUCUCGCGUCAAGGUCAAGGUCACACUUAGGAGUCAAAGGUCAUAUCAGUUUGUUUCGUGUCCGCUCUGUAACUCUUGAACCCCUUGAAGGAUUUCAAAGAAACUUGACACAAAUGUUCACCACACCAAGACGACUUGCAGAGCGCAUGUUCUGGAUGACUUGCUUCAAGGUCAAGGUCACACGUAGGGGUCAAAAGUCAUAUAAGUUUGUUUCGUGUCCGCUUUGUAACUCUUGAACUGCUGGAAGGAUUUCAAAGAAAGUUGACAGAAAUUUUCACCACAUUGCAACGAUGUGCAUAGCGCAUGUUCCGGAUGACUCGCUUCAAGGUCAAGGUCACACUUAAGGGUCAAAGGUCAUAUAUGACUUUGCUUUGUGUAUAUUAAUCUGCAUUGCAGUGCUCUUGUUUUUAUUUGGCAGAUCUCUUUUUUGUACUUACAAUAAUUUCUUUUUUAAUUACUUCCCUUUUAUGUUACUAUAAAUAGCUUAUUUUGAAACUUUUGUAUUAUUGGCAGUAGGGAAAAACCAAGACCACUUUUCUAUGGUACAACAUGGAUGGUACCUCCAAUGUUAAGGUGUAUUUUUACAUACCUGUACCUGAUAAGGAUUUUUUUGUAGACUUUGAAUAUUUUUUUUGUGGACUUAGCUUUGUUUUUUGAAGUUUUCCUUUUGUUGUUCCAGUCCUUUGGGGCUACAACAGUCAAGUUCUUAAAAUUUUGCUCCCAUCCUAUGAUGUAAACCUUCGGGCGUAUAUUGCCCCGCUUGGCGGCGCUCUUGUUAUUCUUAUGAAAAGUGUUGAAAACCUGGUUUCGUGGCAUUGCCGCGUUUCUUGUUGUCAUAUGGUAUUGUAUUGUGAAAGGCAAAACUUUUUCAUGUUAUUUUGUCUCUCCCAAAAAGCAAUUUCUGCAUUUUUGAAACUAAUGAUUUUAGGGUUUGAAUUUACGGGGUAUUAAAUAGGAAAUGUCUUGCCAUCGUCACGUUUUUUUGUUUUUGUUUUGAUUUUUAGAUAAACUGGAUACAUGCAUUUAUCAUGCUAUGCUAUGAGUAGAUCUUGUAUGAUUUAAUUAAUGCAUAAUAAAGAUUCUUCAUCUUCUUCUUCUUCUGAUAAAGCUCAAAAUUUAUUCAUUGUUAGGCUGUAAUGACUGUUUUUAAGACGGAUUAGACUUCGCAAGUAAGACACAGAACGGUAUCCACUUGAUUGAGUUGAAUAGCGACCCACUCGAAACGGCGUUGCAUUAGGGUUUCGGCCGAAACAACCCUGAAUAAUUCUAUGAAAAUACACACGCUUUGUUUUAAGAGGUAGCCCUUUACAUAAAAAGUGUUUUAACAGUUACUUGUUCCCGAUAAACACUAUAAUUGUGGCGAUAUUGUCAAAAACUGUCAAAAAUCUCCUUCCCCCGCCGGACUGUACAGAAGUGUUUGAAUAAAUGGCACAACUCUCAGCUAAAUAGACACAUGUGCUAAAAAAUGGACACAUUUGCGCUCCAGGUGCGCCCAUCGUUUUCAUUUGAUUCGUUAUUUGUGACCAUGACUGAAAAAUGGGUCCAGAUGAGGAAUUUUGACAUUUUCAGUUUUUUGCAUAUUUAGAAAGUAUAUUCAUUCAGAAGUAAAUCCUGAAAAUAUCAGAUGAAAAGCUUCAAAAUUGUCAAUUUUAUGACAGAUUUUGUAACAUAGAUAUUAAAAAUGAAAACAGUA